GUGCACUCCAAACUGUAGAAUCUGGCGGGGAGAGUUUACGUUUUCUUCAAUGGUGUUAAAAGAUCCUAAUAAAUUUGAUGACAUAGAUGUUAACAAAAAGCACCGCCCACGCGCCAGCGGUCGUAAAGCGCAGAAAAAAUGUCCACGAGAGUCAGCAAUGGAAAACAAUCCUAAGGCAUUUGCUGUCCAACACACAACUAAAGCAUCACGCCUAGUCCAACGUACGCUUGACCAUCAGACUAAAAGACAUCAUUUAUUACAAUCCAAAUAUGUUUCGGCUGUUUCUCCACCAUAUAUAGUUGCAAUCGUCGGACCUCCGAAAUCGGGCAAGAGCACUCUUCUCCGUGGACUAAUAAAACACUUUGCACACCUAUCAGUCGGUGUCAUUAAAGGUCCGGUGACUGUAGUAGUCGGUAAAAAGGAAAGAUUUACUUUCAUCGAGUGUGGGUGUGAAAUUAACAGUAUGUUAGAUGCUGCGAAGAUCGCUGAUGUCGUUUUGUUACUCGUUAAUGUCCGUGCAGGACUGGAAAUGUAUCAUUUUGAAUUCAUCAAUAUGAUACAAGCUCAUGGAAUGCCGAGAGUUGUUCCUGUUUUGAAUCACUUAGAUACAUUUAAGGAUUCUAGCUCUUCUCGUGCACUUCGAAGAAAAAUUAAACAUCGCUUAUGGACCGAUCUUAACUCCAAAAUAUUUCUCCUCUCACGUUUUCAAGCAAAAAAAUUUCCCUCUCAUACACCAGAUAAACAAAAUGCAGGCGACACUCCAGGUGAUUAUUUGCUAAAUGAAGUCAGACGUUUGGCUCGGUUAAUAAUGGUCAAAACGCCUCGCCCUUCAGAUUGGCGUAGCUCUCAUCCUUACUUACUAAUUGAUCGAAUAGAAGAUGUAACGGACAACAAAACGUCCAACAACAUGAAUAAUGACCGUUGUAUAAGUUUGUACGGGUGGGUUCGUGGUGCCCCCUUACCACCAGCAUUGACAUCUCCUGGGAUACACAUUGCAGGACUUGGUGAUUUUGCUUUAGUUGAAUGCACUCAACAGCCUGAUCCCUGCCCAUUACCGGGUAUGUUCACUCAUUCUAACGGUACUGAUCCUGUGAAAACAACAAGACAUUUGUCUGAACGUGAUCGAAAAAUAUAUGCUCCAAUGUCGAGUCUCGGUGGUGUUCUGUUCGACCGGGAUGCGACAUAUAUUGAUCUUGGAGGCAGUCACUAUCUAACUAAUCGUAAAUCUCGACAUGGAAAUAAUCAAACACAAAAUGUUAGUCAGUCUAUGUUAGAUGAAUUACAUGCAACUUUCAAUGAAGUUGGUGGGUUGGAUGAGCGAUUAAAUAAAACACAUAAGGUUCGUAUGGUCAGCAAUGCACCAUUUCUGUCUGCAGAAGAAAUAGCGGAUAAUCAUGAUGGUUUUCAUAAUCUAAACAAUUCGAUGAAUGAUGUUACAAUGGAAGAACCAAAUGAUGUGAACAAUGACAAGUGUACUGAUGAAAUACGUGUAUUUUCAGAAGAGCCUAUUGCAGGAUUUCUUGUCCCAGCUGGAUUUCAGGAAAAUGGAAACUUCCAGAAGAAGAACCAAGAUCCGUCAGUGUCGAAGAGUGCACAUAUGCAAGUAAAACAAAUUUUAGAUGAUAUUGAAUGGAAAUCCACAACCGUAUCCUUAGUCAACUGGAACCGUAUUGUUUAUGGUAUAAAUAAUGAUGCAAAUGAAAAUCCCCUUAAAAGUUCUAACCAACCAACCAUUGGAGAUCAUGAUUUUACUCUUUGUUCAAUUCAUAAAUCAACUGUAUUAUCAUGGGAGGAUUCAUCAUCUCAUAAUUUAAUUCGUAAUCUAUUUACCACUGGUCAUUGGGAUGAUUUUGAAGGAGUGGAAAACAAUUCCGAUAACAGUGGUGAUGAUGAUGACGAUGUUAAUGAUAGUGAAUCGAAUAAUGAUGAAGAUGGUUAUAAUCAGGAGUCAGAGGAUGAAAAUAUUUUCCAUGAUUCAAACUCUGAGGACGAAAAUAAUCCAAGUAACAAUAAAGGUAUUGCAUCAAAGGACUUGGCAAAUUUGGAAAGUGAAUACGAUAAGAAUCUACUACGACCAACUAAACGACAGAAAUUAUUAGAGAAAAGACAACGUCAUAAAGCUUUAUUUAACCAACUCUAUGAAGCAGCUGGUGGUGGUCCUGAAGCUACCGCAUUCUAUGAUAAACUUGUUGCUACACGUGAAGCACAACAAGCAUUAAAUAGAGAAGUUUUAAAAAGUUUACCUGAAGAAGUUGUUAAUCGUUUAGAAGGUUUUCCACCUGGAGUUUAUGUUCGAAUUGAAAUUAGAGGUGUUCCACAACAAUUUCUGACACGAUUUGAUCCCUGUCAACCAUUAGUUGCUGGUGGCUUAUCCAGUGCUGAAGAAGCUUUCGGUUAUUUACAAAUUCGUUUUCGUACACAUCGUUGGCUUAAACGUGUUCUCCGUUCAAAUGAUCCAUUAACAGUAUCAAUUGGUUGGAGACGAUAUCAAACUGUUACAGUAUUUUCACAAGAAGAGCAUAAUUUGCGUAAACGUUUCUUAAAAUAUUCACUACCGCAUGAACAUUGUCUAGCAACUAUUUAUGGUCCAUUGGUACCACCAAAAACUGGAGUAAUUGCUUUUGUGAAUUCUUCUUGGCAAUCAAUUGAUGAUCCAAAAAAUCCACAUUUACCAGCUUUUCGUGUCGCUGGUACUGGCAGUGUUAUUGAUACUAAUCAAUCAUUUCAAAUUAUGAAAAAAUUGAAAUUAAUUGGUGAACCAUUCAAAAUUUUUUCAAAAACCGCAUUUAUUCGCGGUAUGUUUAAUAGUCCUUUAGAAGUGAGUAAAAUGAUUGGUUGUCGUAUACAAACUGCUUCGAAAAUACGAGGUUUAGUUAAAGCUGCAUUAACUAAUCCAUCAACAUCGAAACCUGGUGAUUUUCGUGCUACAUUUGAAGCACAAAUUAGGAAAGCUGAUAUAGUUUUCUUGAGAACAUUUUUCGCUGUUGAACUGCCCAAAUAUUAUAAUCCAGUUCUUAAUAGACUUUUACCUAUUGUUGGAGAAAAAGAUACAAAUACUACAGGUUGGCGCUUACUUCGUACACUAGGUGAACUUAAAUGGGAAGCUGGUAUCAAAACAGAAUGUAAUCCAGAUUCACAGUAUAAACCUAUAAAUCGUCCGGUACACAUUACAGCACCUUUACGUAUCCCAACCAAACUGGCCGCAGCACUUCCAUUUGCGUAUAAACCUAAGCCAUCACGUAAAGAAGCAUUAGCUAUGCUUGGUGGAGAUCCUGUAAAAGCUGCUUUAAAUGCUGAAAUACCUGCUCCAGUUAAAACUGCUGAUGAAAUGGAAUCUGAGUCAAAACAAGAAUUAAUUAUGCGUCUACGUCAAUUACACUCAGAUUUUAUGCAACGUCAAAAAGAGAAAAUGAUUAAUCGUGUAACAAAACAUAAGAAACAAUUAGCUAAAGAAAAUGCCAUUAAAGCUGCUAAUGAACGUAAAAGACGAAAACAAUAUUUUGCUCGUAGAUCAUCCCGUGGCGGUAAACGUGCUCGUCGAUCAAAUGGUGAAGACUAAGCAAAUACAUCUCAAAGAUCAUAUCAU